AUGUCUGAGAAGCAGGAGAGGCAGAAGACGGCGCUCAUCAUUGGAUGCGGCGUCGGUGGUGUUGCCCUUGCUGCGCGCCUAGCGCAUGCUGGCGUCAAAGUCACCGUGGUUGAGAAGAAUAGCUUCUCCGGUGGCCGAUGUUCGCUCCUCUAUGACCCGAAAGCGCCUGGCCAUCGCUUCGACCGAGGUCCAUCAUUCUAUCUCAUGCCAAAAACAUUCAGCGAAACAUUCGAGGAGCUUGGUGAGAAGGUGGCGGAUCACUUUGACUUGCGAAAGUGUCCGAGGAAUUACCAAGUCGUCUUUCACGAUGGCGAGAUUGUCAGCCUCUCAUCAGACAUGGCACAGAUGAAGACGGAGAUCGAGAAGUGGGAGGGUCCAGAAGGGUUCGAGGGUUUCUUGGCCUUUAUGAAGGAAGCGCACUAUCACUACACAGCGUCCAUCGACAUGGUGCUAAAGCAAAACUUUGAGUCGCUGUGGCAACUACUGACGUGGCAUAACGCAAAGGAAGCGAUGCGUUUGCAUGUGCUGGAUAAGGUGUACAGCCGUGCGUCGCGCUACUUCAAGACGGACCGUCUGCGACGCGCAUUCACGUUUCAGUCCAUGUAUCUUGGCAUGUCACCAUUCGAUGCGCCUGCAACGUACAAUUUGCUACAAUACACUGAGAUGGCAGAAGGUAUCUGGUAUCCUGUGGGAGGCUUCAAUGUCGUGGUUCAAGCGCUGGAGAGGAUCGCAAAGAAGCACGGUGGCGUUUUCAAGUACAAUGCACCAGUCAAGCGGAUCAACAUUGACCAAAAGACCAAGGAGGCAACAGGUGUCUUGCUUGAGUCCGGAGAGGAACUCUCAGCGGAUAUCGUUGUGUGCAACGCGGACUUGAUUUACGCAUACGGCAACUUGCUGCCAGACUCGAGCUACAGCAAACGUCUGGAUGACAAGAAUUUGACCAGUUCCAGCAUCAGUCUCUACUGGAGUAUGAAGCAAAAGAUUACAGGGCUCGACACACACAACAUCUUCCUCGCUGAAGACUACCAAGAGUCAUUCGACAACAUCUUCAAAGAUCAUUCUCUACCAAAAGAGCCCAGCUUUUACGUGAAUGUGCCAUCAAGGAUUGACCCAAGUGCCGCCCCAGAAGACAAGGACUCGCUUGUCAUCCUCAUUCCAGCUGGCUACAUUACAGAGAAGGCAGGCCCGCAAGACUGGGACAUGCUGCAGAAACGAGCACGCGCCUUUGUUAUUGAAACACUCGCAAAACGUCUUGACUUGCCCAAUUUCGAAGACUUGAUCCAGAGUGAGAUGGUCUCGUCACCUCAAGACUGGCAAAAUGAUUUCAAUCUGCACAAAGGUUCCAUUUUGGGCUUAUCACAUGACAUCUUGCAGGUUCUCUGGUUCAGGCCUGGCACUCGGCAUGCGGACUACAAGCACCUCUACUUUGUUGGUGCAAGCACACAGCCUGGUACAGGUGUGCCUAUUGUCCUCAGUGGCGCACGGCUCACUGCCAAUCAAAUCAUGCGCGACUACAAAAUCAAGAGUCCUAGCAUGAUCCAUUUAUCAAGAAUACGCUGUUCAUGCUGA